GGAUCAAUGAAUUGACGCACUGCUUCAAUGCACACAGCACGCGCUGUAAAGUGUAAGCGGUCCGCUGAGCAAAUGUGCUAUCAUUCAAAGCAAAUCAUGAGCAAACAGUCCAAGUUGUCAAAGUUUUUCGGCGGUGGAUCCGAGUCUAGCCACACUGUUGUCAUGCGUGAUUCUGAAUCACCUGAGCCGGCUGAAGCUGAAAAAACUUCACACACUGACACAGACGCGGUAUCGGCACCUAAACGGGCUCGCACUCGAUCGUUUCAAACCGAAUGGCAAAUGAAAUUUCCAUGGUUGAGUAGGGCCAACUCCGAAUCCCAGGCCUCGGGUAUGAUAUGUAACACUUGUAAAAGUGCAAAUUUUGACAAUUCCUUCACAACAAACCAGGGCUGUUGUAACUUUCAACUCAGCGCAUUGUCCCGCCAUCAAGAUUCUAAACAACACAUCGAGGCUGUAAAGAUUUUACAUAUGCGCUCUCACACAGAUGCGGCCAUGAAAAAAGUUCGCGAAGUCAGCCAAAAUACGUACGACGAAAAAAUGAACAGCGAAAUGAUUCAGCUAAGAACUGUUUUUGUGAUGGCCAAAAAUAACAUUGCCGCUGAUAAUUUUCGAGACCUAAUGGACUUGCAAGUUUUGAAUGGUGUAAAAGUGAAGCAGUACUACAAACGGCCGCAAAUUGUCUCCGAAAUGGAGGAGUGUAUAGAACAAGUCGCGGAGGAAAGCAUUCUUGACAAAUUACAGGCAAGUGACUUCAUUGGCAUAAUGUUGGACGAGACUUGUGAUGUAUCAGUGGAAAAAAAAAUUGCCAUUUAUGUUAGAUACAUUGACAAUGGAGAAGUGCAUGUGUCGUUUAUAGGCAAUGAACGUAUAACAGACGGUACCGCUGCUGGUAUUGAAACUGCCAUUAUCUCAGUUUUGGAAAGGAAAAACAUUUGCCAGGAUGACAUGCAGAAAGUCCUUGGUCUGGGAACUGACGGAGCGGCUGUAAUGACUAGUCGUCACAAUGGCCUCGGCGCAAAACUGGUCCGUCGAAAUAAGAAUAUUGUCCAUAUCCACUGCGUGGCUCACCGUUUGAAUUUAGCUGUAUCCCAGGCAGGAAAGUCGAUUGAGUAUUGCAAGAACUAUCACGCCAUGAUCCACUCACUCUAUCAGUUUUACAGGGAUUCUUCUGUCAGAUACGAUAAGCUAAGACAACUACAAACUGUUCUUAACGGCAAGGCAAAACAAAUCGUGGAACCCACAUCUGUUCGUUGGCUUUCUAUUGAGUCUGCUGUGAAAAUGAUUCUAGACAGUUAUUGUGCCAUUAUGCUCUCCCUUGAUGCGGAAAAAUCACCGAAAGCAGUAGGACUAUCGAAAUUUAUUGGCAAUUCAUUGUUCCUGUUGUUCACAGCCCUCCUCAUUGACAUUUUAACAGCCAUUGGAAUUCUAAGUCUUACGUUCCAGAAAGAUGCCGUCAACCUUUCUCAUAUCAAACACAGUGUUACUUCUGCCAAGAACACAUUGACUGACAUGAGAAAAGGGUCCAGCAAGGUUACGGAAGUUCUCAAUGCUUUGGGUGAGAUGCCAACAACAGGAGAGGCAGCCAAGUACCAUGAUGUGAAUGUUACAGAUAAUAACAUUCUCAGACAAAGGUUUAAUGAUAUCAGAAAUACCUACCUGGAUAAGCUCAGCAGUAACCUUGAUGACAGGUUUCCCAGUGACAUGUUAGACAAGCUUGAAUGUUUUGAUGUCCUGUUCAACCCAGGGCGAUACCCUAGUGACCUUAACCUCUUAGAUUAUGGCGUGCAACAGUUUGGUGUGUUAGUAGAGUUUUACCAAGAGCUUGUUAACACAGAGAGAAUGGAAGCUAGCUUUCUACAGUUCAAACACUUAGCUAAGUCAUACCAAGUGCUUUCAUUUGAAGCUUUUGUGAAAGUGUUGAUCAGAGAGUUUAAUGAAGAGUUUCCUGAUUUUGUGUUACUUGGCAAAAUUGCAUUGGUGCUUCCAGUUUCCUCUGCCCCAUGUGAGAGGGGAUUUUCCAUCCAAAAUGCAAUCAAGAACAAAUCCAGGAACCGGAUAACUCCAGAACGUCUAAACAGGCUGAUGUUUAUCAAACUGAAUGGUGGCAGUGUGGAGCACUUUGACUUUGCCAGAGCAGCCAAAAUUGUCACUGACAUGAAAAAAAGACUUCCUCAUUAA